AUGACGAACCAAGACCAGGAUCAGGUUCCUGCCCCUCCAAGCAACACCCAGCCAAAAAUUGACCGCAUUGAAGAGGACAAACACGCCCACAUUGAACUUCCGCCUCCCGAAUCCGCUGAACACCACUCUUCUUCCUCGGCGCCCUUGGUCAACAGCAAUGGCUGGGAUGGCAAGUUGCGCAUGCCUCCUCGCAACGCCGUCUUGACCAACCCCGAAAUCCUCUCCGACCCCGACUACUCAGACGCCGAUGCUCCGCCCGUCGAGCAGAUUGAAGCAGACGAGGACCUGCUAGAUGAUUACCCUCUCGAUUCCGAGGACGUCGACCUAGUCCAUUGCCGCAUAUCUUCUGUUCCUGCCUUGAGACUCGAGCGUUUCACAAAACUGAAAAGACUGUGCCUGCGCCAGAAUGUCAUUGCUGACAUCGUCCUCCCCGACAACUUGCGAGACACUCUUGAAGAGUUAGAUUUCUACGACAACCUCAUCUCGCACCUCAAAGGGCUGGAGGACAUGAAAUGUCUCAAGUCACUCGACUUGUCCUUCAACAAGAUCAAGCACAUCAAACACGUCAACCACCUCCACUCGCUGACUGAGCUGUAUUUUGUCCAGAACAGAAUCUCCAAGAUCGAAAACCUCGACGGUCUCUCGAACCUGACCAUGAUCGAGCUGGCUGCGAACCGCCUGCGUGAGAUCGAAAACCUCGACACCUUGACAAGAUUACAGGAACUCUGGCUGGGCAAGAACAAGAUCACCGAGAUCAAGAAUCUCUCCCCUCUCAGAAAUCUGCGGCUGCUCGACCUAAAAUCCAACCGCCUCAUAUCACUAGGCGGUCUCUCAGACCUGACUAACUUAGAGGAACUCUACGUGUCGCACAACGCCAUUUCUUCCAUCCCUUCCGAUGCCCUCUACAACAACAAAAAACUCCGCGUCCUGGACAUCUCCAACAACCAAAUCUCGCACUUGGAAAACAUUUCUCAUCUGACAGAACUGGAAGAGUUGUGGGCGAGUUCAAACCAACUGAGUGACUUCCGAGAGGUAGAAAACGAGUUGCGAGACAAGGAGAACUUGGAGACGGUAUACUUCGAAAUGAACCCCUUGCAAUUGCAGGGGCCGGCGGUAUAUAGGAAUAAAGUGAGGUUGGCUUUGCCACAAGUGAAGCAGAUAGAUGCUACCUAUGUCAAGGUUUGA